AGCCUCGCCCCUCCCUGCGGAAAACCGAUGAGAGGCAGGGCCAAGCCGAAGCGAUGGCGGCCUAUCCAGAGAGCUGCGUGGACGCUACGGUGCUGGACUUCGUUGCAGACCUGUCCCUGGCCUCCCCGGGACGCCCUCUCCUCUGCGACUUCGCACCCGGGGUCUCCUUUGGGGAUCCAGCCCUUGCGCUCCGAGAAGGAAGAACCAGGAGGAUGGCGCAGUUUGAAGACGGGGACCCAGAAGAAGAGGAGUGCGAAGUGGACCAGGGGGACGGAGAAGAGGAGGAGGAAGAGGAGCGCGGGAGAGGCGUCUCCCUAUUAGGCCGCCCCAAGAGGAAAAGGGUGAUCACCUACGCCCAGCGCCAGGCCGCCAACAUCCGCGAAAGGAAGCGGAUGUUCAACCUCAACGAGGCCUUUGACCAGCUGCGGAGGAAGGUGCCCACGUUUGCUUACGAGAAAAGGCUGUCCCGGAUCGAGACCCUCCGCCUGGCCAUCGUCUACAUCUCCUUCAUGACCGAGCUCUUGGAGAGCUGUGAGAAGAAGGAAAGCGGCUGAACCGGGUGGGGAGAGUCUGCCCUUCCUGGUCUGGUAGUGCUGGGGUGUGGCAGGACCGGGUACUGGGUGAGGCU